UGGACACAUCUACUUAUUGGGUGGCCCACCAGCCCACUUCAUGCCUCUAAUCUCGCCGAGACCAGCCAUCCUCUUCACCUAUAUAUACACAAUCUCAACACAUGGCCGCCUUCAGGCUUCGUUCACUCUCAAGGCAGAUAGAUGGCUAUAGAUGAUUCCUUCAAGAAACCUGGAGCUGUCCCUUUUAACUGGGAGAUCCGACCCGGUGUCCCCAAGAUAAAUACCCAACAGCCGAAACUGCAACCGAGGCAACUUUCACCACCUGUUUUACCAUCCCCAUCACCGCGUUUCGCCCCUCGCCGUCCGUCACCUGCUUCACUAAAUCAGCAAAUGCUUAAACCUCCCCCAGCUGGAUUCAUUUUUCUCCCUCCACCGGAGCCACGUACUCAUUCCUUCCGUUCAACUCCACGUACCCGCUCUGAGCGUUGGAGGUUCGACCAACCAACCCGUGUCGGACCCGAAUGUGUCUCGCCUGGAUGCUUUCCAUCUCCUUUAUUGAGGAGGAAAGACAGCAAGAGAAGAACCACCCACGUAGCUGAAUCCGAAUCCGACUAUACUUCCGACCUUGAGACACUGGCUAGGUGGUCAGUGUCAAGCCGAAAGUCAUUUUCACCGUUCCGUGAGUCAUCAGCGUCGUCUUACUCGUCGUAUCGGUCGUCUCCCCGAGUGGUGAGUGAUGCUGAAUGGGCUGGGUUUGGUCUUUUCUGAAGAAUCCCAGUGUAAAUAGUGUAGUUGCUUUGGUUUUUAUAAUGAUAUAGACGAGUCUAAGGCACAAGAGUUGUCCCGAGUUGAGAUGACCUGUGUAAGAGAAUGAGCGAGUUGAGAAGUUACUGUAUUAAUAUUACUGGACCGAGUUGUCGAGUCCGGAAUGCUUUAUUUCUUUUCUUGGGGAGGAGAUAAUAUACAAGAAAAUUUGGUGAUUUUUUUUACCAUGAU